GUCGCACAAAGGAACCAUACAAACAUUUUUGUAAAUAUCUUAAGGUGAUAUAUUUCGGUGAAGUGAAGUGCUCAAGAACUCAACAAAUUAAAGAUGGAGACGCAGCUGCAGUGCAAAUUCCUGAUGAUUUUCUGUCUGCUCGGGCUGUCCGGCCUGGGGGAAACCUAUAGGAUACUGUUUAUGGGACCCUUUCCGGCGCCCAGUCAUUGGCUCUGGCUGGAGCACUUUCAGCGGGAUCUGCUACGGCAUGGACACCAUGUGACGAGUGUUAACAAUCAUCCCACCAAGCAACCCCACGAGAAUCUCACUGAGAUCAUUAUUAGUCCAUCCUUUGAUAUACCCAAGCAUUUUCCUAAAAAGAACAUCUUUAGCAUGCAGUUUGCCAGUGAUUUCCAAAAUCUGCAGCUGUGGUGGACCAUUGGACUGAUGACCACAGAGCAUGCCUUCAAGGAUGCGAAUGUUCAAAAACUAAUCCAGAGCAAAGACGAUCACUAUGAUCUGGUGAUCUUAGAGCAGUUCUUCCACGAGGCUUUCCUCAUGUUCGCGAAGAAGUUCAACUGUCCGGUGGUCACAAUCGGCACCAUGGGCUAUGCGGAUAACAUGGAUCAUUCCAUGGGCAUCCUCACGCCUUGGUCAGUGAUACCACAUCUCCUGCUAUCGCAUACGGAUCAGAUGACGUUCAGUCAGCGUGCCUAUAAUGCCUAUAUAUCGCUGUACGAUGCGGUGAUGAGGCGGUGGUUCUAUCUCCCCAAAAUGCAGGAAAUGGCCGAGAAGUAUUUCAAGCCAGUGAUCAAUGGUUCCCUUCCCCAUGUGCAUGAACUCGAGCGUAACAUCUCUCUAAUGCUGAUCAACAGUCAUCGCAGCGUGGAUCUCCCUCGGCCAAGCAUGCCUGGUCUCAUAGACGUUGGGGGAGCGCACAUUCAGCCUGCGAAGAAGUUGCCCGACGAUCUGCAAUCCUUCCUGGACAACGCCACCCAUGGCGUGGUGUACUUCAGUUUGGGCUCCUACAUGAAGAGCACGGAUAUGCCAGCAGAUAAAACCGCUCUGAUCCUUAAGGCCUUUGGACAGCUGAAGCAGCAAGUCAUUUGGAAGUACGAGAACGAUUCGAUUGGACAGCUCCCCGCGAAUGUUAUGAUCAGGAAGUGGAUGCCGCAGAAUGAUAUUCUGGCCCAUCCGAAUGUUAAGCUCUUUAUCACCCACGGAGGGAUCUUUGGCACCCAGGAGGGCAUCUAUUGGGGCGUGCCGAUGCUGUGCAUUCCCCUCUAUGGUGAUCAGCACAGGAACACGAUCAAAUCAGUGCGGGAGGGCUAUGCUCGAUCCCUGGUCUUCUCCAAACUGACAGUCGAUGACCUCGUGCGGAACGUCGAGACGCUCAUAUACGAGCCGCAGUACAAGCGCAGUGCCCUGGAGGUCUCGGAGCGCUUCCGCGAUAAUCCCAUUCAUCCGCUCGAUGAGGCCACCUUCUGGAUCGAGUACAUUAUGCGACAUCGGGGGGCCCGUCAUCUGAAGUCCCACGGCGCCUUCCUACCCCUCUAUCAGUAUCUGCUGCUCGACAUCAUCGGCUGCCUGUUGCUCGGUGCUUUCCUAACCAUCUGGCUGCCCUGGCGUAUGCUCAAGAGAGCCCACAAAUGGUCGCAAAAACUGAAUGAAGAAAAAAAACGUUUGUAG